CCAUCCAUCCACACCCUGCAAGUCCGCAAUUUCAAAACAAGGCUUUAGGGGGGCGGGUCUUGAGCCCUUUUAUUAGGCACCUCCACUCCUCUUCCCCCUCAGAAGGCACGAAACGUCUUUGUGGAAGAUGGGUGUCUACCGCAUCCGCGUGUCCACGGGGUCCUCGCUCUUCGCGGGCUCCAACAACCAGGUGCAGCUGUGGCUGGUGGGCCAGCACGGGGAAGCCGCGCUCGGGGAGCGCCUGCGGCCGGCGCGGGGCAAGGAGACGGAGUUCAAGGCGGACGUGAAGGAGUACCUGGGGCCGCUGCUGUUCGUGAAAAUGCGCAAAAAGCACCUCCUACAGGAUGACGCCUGGUUCUGCAACUGGAUCUCCGUGCAGGGCCCUGGGGCCGGUGGGGAGGAGUUCAGGUUCCCAUGCUACCGCUGGGUGGAGGGCAAUGGCGUCCUGAGCCUCCCCGAGGGCACAGGCCGCACGUUGGUAGAGGACCCUCAAGGCCUGUUCAAGAAACACAGGGAGGAGGAGCUGGAAGAGAGAAGGAAGCUGUACCGAUGGGGUAACUGGAAGGAUGGGCUGAUCCUGAAUGUGGCUGCGGCCAAUUUAUGUGACCUCCCGCCAGAUGAGAGGUUUCUGGAGGACAAGAAAUCUGACUUUGAGACUUCACUGGCCAAGGGCCUGGCCAAAUUAGCCAUCAAAGACUCUCUAAACGUUCUUGCUUGCUGGAAUGAUCUGGAUGACUUCAACAGGAUCUUCUGGUGUGACCACAGCAAGCUGGCUGAAAG